ACAGGGCAGGAGAAAAAAGGAUCUGAUUUUGGGGGCUGAUCUGACAGGCAGGAAUUCGCAGAUGAAUCGACGUUGGUCCGAAUUUAAGAUCGUUCAGAGGGACUCGAAAAAGAAAUGAGAAGGAAGGGGAAAAUUAAAUAUCAACAGAAGAGGAACUUGUCGGUUUAUCAUGCGGCGAAUCUUCCGCUCCUGCAUUGCAUUUCCUGGUGGUUUCCGGUUCAUUUUAUUAUUAUUAUUAUUAUCAUUACAUUUUUUUUUUUUUUUUUUUGUAUACUGCGUACUGCGUACAUUUUCCACCGUACGUAAGUGCAGAUCAUCAACCAAAGCAACUGGAAGACUGUCGUCCAGCAGGAUGGAUCUUUCCCUCGUCCUCUCCACCCGUAUUUUUCAAUUCUCUCGGACCCUUGCGAUCGUCCUUCAUUCAUUGCGGUCGACGACUCUGUACGACCGACGUCAUGGUACAGAUAGACCGUCUCGGACAAGUCAUCCAUCUCGAAGUCAAAAUCUCAUUUCCCCAGCCUCGAUCUCUGGCGACGUACGAUGUCCGGAGUGCAUACGCAGGAGGCGACAUGAGCAGAGAUAUCUUUAGAUCAAAUCACAUCGGCUGACCAUUAGAGGAAAAACGAGAGAAAAAAAAGGUUAAGAUUUGGAUGAUGAAUGCAUCGAGGUGCAUGGUGGAAUAUUUUCCACCCAUGAGAUGACCAACCGCCUGAUCUCUUGCGUGGUGCCGAUUGCGUACUUCGGGGGUUUUUCAAUAUUUUAAAUUUUGGAUUGGUACUGUAUAACCAUCAAC